AUGGCUCCCUUAGCCGAAGUUGGGGGCUUCCUAGGCGGCUUGGAAGGGUUAGGGCAACAGGUGGGCUCCCAUUUCCUGCUGCCUCCUGCCGGGGAGAGGCCGGCUCUGCUCAGCGAUCGCCUGGCUCAGGCCGAGAGGGGGUCUAGAGGUGGCGGAGGUGCGGCGACUGGGACUGCGGAUUUAGCCCAUUUGCAGGGCAUCCUACGCCGGAGGCAGCUCUACUGCCGGACGGGCUUCCACCUGCAGAUCCUGCCCGAUGGCAGCGUGCAGGGCACCAGGCAGGACCACAGCCUCUUCGGUAUCCUUGAAUUCAUCAGUGUGGCAGUGGGACUGGUCAGUAUUAGAGGAGUGGACAGUGGCCUUUAUCUUGGAAUGAAUGACAAAGGAGAACUCUAUGGAUCUGAGAAACUAACUUCUGAAUGCAUCUUCAGAGAACAGUUUGAAGAGAACUGGUAUAACACUUAUUCUUCCAACGUGUACAAACAUGGAGACUCGGGUCGGAGGUAUUUUGUAGCACUUAACAAAGAUGGUACUCCCAGAGAUGGGGCUAGAUCCAAAAGACAUCAGAAAUUCACACACUUCCUACCCAGGCCAGUGGAUCCUGAAAGAGUUCCAGAACUCUACAAAGAUGUGUUAGGAUACAGUUGA